CUCACCGCCGCCCCGCGCGCCCCUCCUCCCCCCGGCGCCGCGGGGAACAUGCGGCUCCGCUCCCGGAGGCCGGCGAGUGAGUGACCCCCGUCCCCCGCCUCAGCCCGCCCGCCCGCUGGCCCGGCCGCUCCCCCCCCGCCUCGCCCAGGCAAUGACAGCGGCUCCGGCGUCUCCGCAGCAGAUCAGGGACCGGCUGCUGCAGGCCAUCGACCCCCAGAGCAACAUCCGGAACAUGGUGGCGGUGUUGGAAGUCAUCUCCAGCCUGGAGAAAUACCCCAUUACCAAAGAGGCACUGGAGGAAACGCGGCUCGGGAAGCUCAUCAACGACGUGCGCAAGAAGACCACCAACGAGGAGCUCGCCAAGCGCGCCAAGAAGCUGCUGCGGAGCUGGCAGAAGCUCAUCGAGCCCGCGCACCAGAAUGAGGCGGCGCUGCGCGGGCUGGCGGGGGCGGCGGGCUCAGCCAACGGGGGCGCGCACCACUGCCGGCCGGAGGCGGGGCCGCCCGGCACUCCCAAGAGCAUCCAGGAGCUGAAGAGCCGCAAUGACAUCCAGCGGCUGCCCGGGCAGCGGCCGGACAGACUGGGCGGCCAGAAGCGCCGGGGGGACCAGCGUGACCUCGGCCACCCCGGGCCGCCUGCCAAGGUCUCCAAAGCCAGCCACGAGCCCCUGCUCCCCAAUUCGUCGCCCCUCCCCACCAACGGGAUCAGCGGGAGCCCAGAGAGCUUCCCUGGGCCCCCCGACGGCGGCGGUGGCGGUGGCGGCGGGGGGCACGGCCCUGAGAGCGGCCGCGUGGAGCCCCCCGAGAACGACACGCACAGCGGCAAGAUCCCUGUCCACGCGGUGCGGCCGCACACCAGCUCCCCGGGCCUGGGCCAGCCCCCCGGGCCCUGCCUGCAGACUAAGGCAGCGGUGCUCCAGCAGCUGGACAGGGUGGACGAGACCCCCGGGCCCCCCCACCCCAGGGGGCCCGCGCGCUGCUCCUUCAGCCCCCGGAACUCACGGCAUGAGGGCUCCUUUGCCCGGCAGCGGAGCCCGUAUGCACCCAAGGGCUCCGUGUCCAGCCCCUCACCGCGGCUCCAGCCGCUCGACGCCACCCAGGUGCCAUCACCUCUCCCACUGGCCCAGCCGUCCACGCCCCCUGUGCGGCGGCUGGAGCUGCUGCCCAGUGCUGAGAGCCCGGUGCGCUGGCUGGAGCAGCCCGAGGGCCGCCAGCGACUGGCGGCGCCGGGCUGCAAGGCAGGGCUGCCCCCGGCCGGCUUCUCCCCAGACUCCUCCAGGGUGGACAGCGAUGCUGCCGCCGCCGGGGGCUCGGACAGCAAAAAGAAGAAGAGGUACCGGCCACGCGACUACACGGUGAACUUGGACGGGCAGGUGGCCGAGGCGGGUGUGAGGCCGGUGCGGUUAAAAGAGCGGAAGCUCACCUUUGACCCCAUGACGAGACAGAUCAAACCUCUGACCCAGAAAGAGCCAGUGCGGGCGGACAGCCCUGCGCGCACGGAGCAGCCGCCCAGGACAGAGCCGGACGCGCCCGAGGCCAAGGCCAGCCUCCAGAGCCCCUUUGAGCAGACGAACUGGAAGGAGCUGUCGGGCAACGAGAUCAUCCAGUCGUACCUGAGCCGGCAGAGCAGCCUGCUGCUGUCGUCCGGCACGCAGACGCCGGGCGCCCACCACUUCAUGUCCAAGUACCUGAAGCAGGAGGAGAGCCGGCUCGGGGCCCGGCGGCCGCACGUGCUGCUGCCGCACAGCCCGCCCGCCGAGCUGCCGGGGCUGAGCCGGGAGCUCACGCAGGACGAUCUCGACAGAAUCCAGGCCCGCCAGUGGCCGGGGGUGAACGGGUGUCGGGACACACAGGGUAACUGGUAUGACUGGACGCAGUGCAUAUCGCUCGACCCGCAUGGCGACGACGGGCGCUUGAACGUUCUGCCUUAUGUCUGCUUGGACUGACCGCCCGCCGGCCGCCAGGCGCACUCCCACCUUGCGGCGGUUGGGAGCGGGGGUGGGGGGCAGGAGCCACGCGGGCUCGCCGCCCCUUCCCCCCAGGACUCUCCUUUUGUGAAAUGCUGCUACCAGUUUACUAACAAAAUUGCGAAGGGAGGGCCGCGCGCACGGACGGCAAAGCGAGUUUGGAACUUGAGCGAACGCGUCAGUCCCCACCCGGGCGCCCGGGCCCCGCAGGGAGGCAGGCAGGCGGGCGCAGGGCCCCGCGCUGGGGGGAGCAGCAGGAGCACGCGUCUCAGCCUCUGCACUUGCUCUUCUGGGCCCUGGGGUCUGGGAGCCGGGGGGCCUUGGUUGGGCCCGUGUCUCGGGAGCUGACCUGGCCGCGGGCAGGCCACGUGGACGACCAGUCUAACCCACACUCCAUGAGCAUCCACCCAUUUUGAUCUGGUUUCGGUUCAGGAUCCCCAGUUUUUCAAAGAAAUGCUGCAAAAAAUUUCAGUUCUCUCGCGUUUAUUUACCAUGUGACCACCAGCCAAAACCCGCCCUCCCCUGCCCCUCCCCCACACGCCUGGGGAAGUUCACCUUCCUAGAGUCCCCCCCAGAACAACACAGAUGUCGCCGCGGGUGCUACUGGGUGCGAGCCGUGCCGUCGGGCGAGGAGCCGUCUGCGCUGACACUCAUAACCAUUCCUUUAGAUUCGUUUGCCUUAUGGUUAUUCGUCAUAAACGCGAUUUGCAAAAACAAGGAGCCUUAGUGAAUGUACAGAACCCAGACUUCUGCGUCCUCACGCAGAAGGGAGCAACUUUGCUAUUUGGUCCAGUAAGUGGACACCUUGUGAUAGAAAUGUGGAAAUAAAAAACCCAUUUGCACAAACUCGUCUGAGAAUCGUUUCCUGCUUGGGCCUUCGAACAGCCACACGGCGC